CAUUGUCAUCUGUCUUCGUGACAUUUGAUAAACAGGCACAUUUUCACGUGUAUUUUUAAUUUAUUGUGUUAAAUCAGAUUUUUUCAUCUAAAGCCCUAGGCUUUAGAUUUCCAUCUGGAUUAAGAGUUUCGUGUAAGAAAGCAUACGAAUUCAUAUUCUAAUACUGACAAUAACAGUUGCUAUUUAUGUUAUAAUUCAAUUGGAUACGUUAUCAAUUUGAAUGAUAGGUAGUAAGUAAAGUUGAAAAUAAGAGCUGAGAUAAAUCAAUUAUAUUCUAAAGAAAGAUGACUUACGACUGGUUUGAGUCUAUAGGCAGGCCACGGUUUGUGGUUGCUCCUAUGGUUGAUGCCAGUGAGUUAGCUUGGCGCCUUUUAUGCCGGCGACACGGAGCAACAUUAUGUUACACGCCUAUGUUUCACAGUAAUGUGUUUAAUAAAGAUCCUAAGUAUAGAAAAGAUAACAUGGUUACGUGUGAGGAAGAUCGUCCCCUGAUUGUACAGUUCUGUGGAAAUAACCCCGAAAUAAUGGCAUCGGCUGCGAAACUUGUUGAGGGCCAAUGUGAUGCCAUUGACAUAAAUCUUGGCUGUCCACAAUCCAUAGCCAAAAGAGGCAGAUAUGGAUCCUUCCUCCAAGAUGACUGGGAGCUAUUGAAGAAACUUGUGCAAACAAUGUCUGAAGCAGUUUCAGUGCCAAUAACAUGCAAAGUAAGGAUUUUUGAGAGCAUAGAGAAAUCAGUGGAGUAUGCUCUUAUGUUACAAAAUGCUGGAUGUAAAAUGCUCACUGUUCAUGGCAGAACUAGGGAACAAAAGGGACCAUUGACUGGAAUCGCUAGUUGGGAACAUAUAAAAGCAGUAAGGGAAGCAAUAUCGAUACCCAUGCUAGCUAAUGGGAACAUUCAGUGUUUGCAAGAUGUCUACAGAUGUUUGGAAUAUACUAAAGUGGAUGGAAUUAUGAGUGCAGAAGGAAACCUAACAAAUCCAGCCAUAUUUGAAGGAAUAAAUCCUGUAUCAUGGGAGAUAGCUAAUGAGUAUUUAGACUUAGUAGAACAGUAUCCUUGUCCAACAUCUUAUAUAAGAGGUCAUUUAUUUAAAAUAUUUCAUAAAAUAUUUUCACUGGAAGAAAACAAUGAAGAUAGACAAAUUCUGGCCACAGCGCAAAACUUAGAUGACUUCAAGCGAGUGUGUAUCAAUGUUAGAGACAAGUACUUGCCUUAUCAUGAAGGUAAAAUUAAUAUUGAGAAUGAUGAGAACAUAACUAGGAUUGGAUUCAAUUUAAUACUACCUCCAUGGAUAUGCCAGCCAUAUGUAAGAAUGUCACCUGAAGAACACACACGAAAAAUGGAAAAAUUAAAUAUAAUUCAGGAAAAUGCUGCUGAAAAGAGGAAAUGUGAAGACACUGAUGGCACAAUCCUAUCUAGGAAGAAACUGAAAAAGUUGAAGAGAAUAAGUAGAAGACCAGAAAAGCCAGAUUCUCAGCAGAAUAGCAGAAGUGGUCAAAUCUGCUUUAGUGAAAAUUGCCCCAAUCCUCUUGGUGGAAAAUGUUUAUAUCAACUGUGCAAAAAGUGUUGCAGGAAUAAAUGCUAUGAACAAGAGUUAGACUGUAAAGGACAUGGAAUAUUGGUUCAUACUCGACGCGAAAUGGCUAGGAAGUUUGCAAAUGUUCAGGCUAACACAGAAACUGAUACCACAUAAUUUACCCAAGACAUUGGCGUCAAUCUAGGGGAAUUACUUAAUAAUGUAACUAUGUGUAAAUAUUCUACCUACAUGUUUUAAGAGAAAAUGUUAAAUACAUUUGUUGGAAUUGUAACUGGCUUACUCUUUUUAUCUGUACAUACCAAGCAACAGGAUCAUACUUGCAAAAAGCCCUCUUACAAAACA